AUAUAAUUACUCCAUUAAUUUUAUUUACAGUUUUGAAGGUAUUAUUAUCGACACUCAGCCACGUUGUCGGAGAGAGGCAAUACUCGAUCGGACGUGGGUGUCCACAAUUCAAACCCUCCCGCGUCCCGCCAUUGUCGUAGCGUCGAUCCUGGCGAGUUUCAUAAACUACUACUACUAGCACUUAUUAUCCCGUAAAAAUGUCCAUGUUGAAAACCCUCUUACCAAUCGCGCUCUUGCCUCUUUGUUUUGCACAUCUCGCAAAAUCAGAUGAUAAUAUCCCGACUCUGGCUUUUGCUUUUGGUUGGUUGAAUGAUAAUGACACUUUUGUGGCGGGAGAUGUGGCUACUAUUCAGGUUAUUCUACUCGGAAACUACAGUGCUCGUAAAACAAAUCAUACUUUUAGUCCUAAUGUCACGGUUAAUAAUAAGAUGGGGAAUAGCUCUUUUGUUUCGGGUGUGGCUUGUAAUUUUGGAGGUGAUGUUAGUACUUGGACCAUUACCUUUGUUCCCAUUAUGGUUGGAUUGCUUCAUGUGCUUAUUGUGGAUGACAAUUUCCAUGUCUUCGACUCCUCACUGCAUUUUCAUGUCAAUCCUGGGAGAUUGUAUCCAUCUGCUGGAGUUGUCUCAUGGAAGGGCCAGACAAAUGAAUUUGUGGCUGGGACGUUGGCUACAAUUUUGAUACUUCCUAAAGAUGCAUUUGGAAAUAAUGUCACUGCAAGUAGUGAAGGAACCAAUGUUUCCAGUUAUAGCUUGUCUGUAUCAUUUAUGAACGGAUCUCUCGCGAGUCUUCUCAAUGUUACCAAUAAAGGUUGGAAUGAAUAUGGGUACGUCCAGAUUGAGUUUAUUCCUGUAACUGCUGGAAGCCUCUUACUUGAUGUCAAAGAAGCAAAUCAAACCCUGAUAGGAUCUCCAUUGAUGUUCAAGGUGAUUCCAGGAAUGUUGGAUGUUCCCAGUUGCGUGCCUCAAUGGAAAGCUGCAACAAGUUUCUUCCAGCUUUUUUCAACUAUGGAAACUCAUAUACAUCAGAGAGAUAAAUAUGGAAACCUUGUCCCUGGAUUUUAUUCAUUUGACAUUGAAGUUAUUGAAAAGGAAACCAAUUUAUCUAUGCCUGUGGCUGAUUUGCGCUUUUCAGAGGUGGUGCCAGGUAUUCAAUUGUGUUCUUUCAGCUUAGCAGAACCAGGGAACUUCACACUCCUGAUAACUGACAGAGAGCAGAUUAAUCUCAUAUCCCAAGUGCCAUAUGAUUUUACUGUAUAUGUAGGUUACUGUAGUGGCUCUCACAGUAUUAUCAAUGGAUCUGGUUUGAAUGAUUCUGUUGCUGGUGAAGUCUCAAAGUUCUCUGUUUUUUUAAGAGAUUCUUAUCAAUAUCCUUCUCCAAUUGAGUUAGAAUGGCUUCAAAUUCAAAUUUUGCGAGAAAAUGAUACUCAAUAUGUAUGGUCUAGCAUAAAUCCUAAAGACUUUGUCAAUGGUAGUUCAGUACCACGGAAAAUGAGUGUGGAUACAUUCUCACAGACUGAUUAUGCUCCAUCAGUAUAUUUGAAUAACAAUUCUUCCAGCAACUUGAAUGUCAAAGCUAGUGAAUUUGAGAUCAUUUAUAAGCCUGAAAAAAGUGGGAGAUAUCAUAUACAUCUAUUCUGCGGAAAUGUUCAUUUGAAUAGUGGCUAUCCAAUCAAGAAGGUAGUACACGCAGGGGAGGUUAAUACUUCCAUUUCAGGAGUUGUAAAAUAUGCACCAAGGGUACCUAUGCUGAUUAAUAAUGAAAUAGUAGUGAAGCUUAUGGAUUCUUUCUCUAAUCCUGUUGUCUCUAACCAAUCAAAGCUCAAUCUAGAAGUUAGUUCGACAAAUAAAUCUGAGCCCUCAAUUUCAGAAUUUGUCAACAACAAUGAUGGGUCAUACACUGUCCUCUAUAUGCCAAAGGGUAUUGGAAAUUAUGAGAUAUGCGUUACAUUUCAUGGAAUCCACUUUCUUCCUUGUCCAUUUGGGGUGAGAGUUUACAGUGUUGACUACUUUCCUAAAGCUGAAAAUGACCUUGUGUCUGUCUGGGAGGAUGAAUCAAUUGCAUUUAGCACUCUCGAAAAUGAUCGUUUUGGUGGGAAUAAUGCAAGUAUAGUUCAAUAUACACAGCCAAGUCAUGGUUCAGUUUUGCAAUAUGGACAUCUAUUCAGAUACACACCGUAUAAAGGAUUUAAUGGGAACGAUUCUUUUUCGUAUGCAAUAUCUGAUGGAAAUGGCAACAAUGCUUCUGCGAAUGUGAAUAUAUCUGUCCUUAGCAUCCCUCCUCAGUUUGUUUCCGUCCCUAUUCUAUUGCAGGCAACUGAAGACAUGAUAAGCCCAACAUUCGGUGGUUUCUCUGGACUUAAGAUUAUCUAUUCAGAUUUAGCAGAGAACAUAUCUGUAAGACUUAGUGCUCACUUUGGGACAGUAUUCCUCUCUCCUAUGGUGAUGCAAUUCUGGCAGCCAAUGUGGGCAGAACUUUCUGUAAGCAAAGGGGUUGAGAAAGCAAAAGAAUUAAUUUUAGAGGGUCGGCUGGAAGUAAUAAAUUAUGCCCUUCAGUUUGUUCAAUACUUUGGAGAUGAGAACUUUUAUGGAGAUGAUGUCAUGCGAGUCUCUACCGUGAACAGAAAUGGAAUGAAUCAUAUAGAGGUUCCAAUACUCGUAGAACCUAUUAAUGAUCCUCCUUCUAUCUAUGCUCCUGAAUUCAUCAUUUUCAAGGAAAAGAAAAGUGACGAAGAAGUAUUGAUUUUCGAUACAGAAAGAGACAAGUUCAAUUUCUCUGUUUGGGACCCAGAUCUUAUUUUUCCAGGAAAUGAUACUCACGUGUUGGUCAUGUUCUCUGUGGAAGUCAAUUCUGGAUCUAUUUCUACUAAUUUACCAUCUGAGCUUAUUGUUACUACUGAACUGAAGUUGAUGGGUAGCUAUCAAUGGCAGCCACUUCAGACCUUUGUUACAAUAUCAAAACAUUUUAAAGUUAAAGCAAAAGGCAUUAGAUUUCGUGGAACAGUACAAGAAUGCAACAGUGUCAUGCAACAGUUGUCAUACCAUGGCGGUGAACAUGAUAAUGUCCUCAAAAUUACAGUUAAUGAUAUGGGGAAGUAUGGGUGUUUUCCUGAUUGUUCUGAAAUGAUGUCAAAGCCUCUUUUUGCUGAGGCUAUUGUCAUGUUAAGAAGGGGAAGAUUGAUGAGUUCAGUGGCAGCUCACUCUCUAGGAUCUGCAAUUAUGUUUGAGUUUAUUGCUUUGUUCUCUCUUGGUAUGGUACUCAUGCUAUUCACAUGCAAAUGUGCGCUUGUUCUUGUACGUGAAAGAAAGGGAAGGCAAAUUGAUCAAGCCCAGAAUGUUGAGCUCUCUGGUAUUCAACAUGCUUUCAAGGAAACUAUAUGUGCAGAUUCAUCUGAAGACACAAGUCACUUUAUAGGAUGUUGUUCCAGCUCUCCGUUGUUCAGCCGCUCUCGUAGGAAUUUCCGCCAGCAGGAUGGAAAUGUUAACAAGGGAUCAUCAAGUUUAUCUCAGUCUUCAAGCGACCAACAUAAGGAGAUUCCUUCUGGUUUAUUAUCAGUUGCUGCUGGAGAUGGUCAAAAUAACCUCCAUAAUAACAAAACUUGAACCAUGAAGAAUUUCAAGCCAUUGAAUUUUUUAAAGUGAAGUAUGUAAAGUCCUAAUAGAAUUGUCAAAGCAGAAUAAUAUGUGAGAAGCUGUUAAAUUCAUCCAGCAUCAUUGUAGUUUCCACAGUGACGCACAAUAGAGGUGCCAUAUCCAUUGAUAUCAGUUGAUUAUGAGCGUCGAGCGGGCUGCUGUAAUUGGCUGCAAUGCUCUAUGGGAGGUUAAGAGACACAAACUCCAUCAAAAGGCAGAACCUGGAAUCUCUGGAGGCUACAAAUUCCAAAGCUUAUGGAGUUUAUUUGCUACAAACCAAGAAAUUAUUGUCCAAUUCUUUGAGACUGAAAAUUGGAGCAAAGAAGAGAAACUUGUUGGAUACUGCCCUUUUUCUCCUGAUAAAUGUUUAGGAAAGUGAAUAUCCUCUGUAAGCUCAAGGAGUUGAUCUUCUGGGCUUUCAUGUUCUGCAUAAGCAUAAUGGAGGCACCAUAGAGGUCCCACACCCACGCUCCUCACUUGAUCAUGAGGUUGAGCUGGCUGUUGUCGUUGGCCGAAAAGCUCCAGAUGUUUCUGAAUCGCUGCUAUGAAUUAUAUUGGAGGCUAUGUACUUGCCUUGGAUAUGCCUGCAAGGGAAAUUCAAGGUUCGGCAAAGUCUGCAGGUCUUCCUUGGACUGUGGCUAAAGGGCAGGACACCUUCACGCCUAUUAGCUCUGUUGGUCAUAAAUCUAGAGAUGGAAAUCUUAGCAAGGGAUUAUCAAGUUUGUCUCAGUCUUCCAGAGACCAACAUAAGGAGGCUCCCUCUGGUUUAUUAUCAAUUGCUGCUGGAGAUGGUCAAAACAACUUUCAAAAUAACAAAACUUGAACCAUGACUGAAUUUCAAGCCAUUGAAUUUUUUUAAUGUGAAGUAUGAAAGAAUUGUCAAGGCAGAAGAAUAUGUGAAAAGCUGUUAAAUUCAGCCAGCAUCAUCAUAGUUUCCGCAUUGAGGCACAAUAGAGGUGCCAUAUCCAUUGAUAUCAGUUGAUUAUGAGCGUGGAGCUGGCUGCUGUAAUUGGCUGCAAUGCUCUAUGGGAGGUUCAGAGACACAAACUCCAUCGAAAGGCAGAAGCUGGAAUCUCUGGAGGCUACUGCUCAAAAUCCAAAGCUUAUGGAGUUUAUUUUCCACAAACCAAGAAAUUAUUGUCCAAUUCUUUGAGACCCAAAAAUUGGAACAAAAAAGAGAAAGUUGUUCUCUUUUUCCCUGCAUGUAAAUAUUUAGGAAAUUAAAUAUCCUCUAUAAGCUCAAGGAGUUGAUCUUCUGGGCUUUCAUGUUCUGCAUAAGCUUAUUAGUUUUCUUAUA